CUGGAUCGAUGGUCGUGCAGGACCACAGCAAUAACGCAAUCCAACCACCCGGACUCAUGUGCCUUUAGCUCUGCUCUUCUGGGGAACCUCCUCGUUCUCCCACCCCCUCCCCUCCUGGAGUUUCUUCCUCUUCCUCCCUAUAUAUCUCGCAGGUCGACGAAGGGUCUUGCUCUUUUACCAUUGCACGAGUUGAAUUACAACUCUAGCACUCGCUUCUACCCUCUGGUCUGACCAGAUACGUCGUCAGUAUGAGAUCUUACGAGGUCCAUUCGGCGCCUCCCACUGCCGUCGACCUGGAGAUUUCACAAGGGAAGGAAGGGACGGCCGAACACAGCUCCCUGGCGACGGAUGAGAAGAAAGAUUUUAUUCCUCCCAAUGCACAGGACCCUUUCGGGGAUGAGGAGUUCGCGGAGGUCAAGUACAAGGUCCUGAAGUGGUGGCAAUGCGGCCUCCUCAUGGUGGCCGAGACGGUGUCAUUGGGGGUGCUGUCCCUGCCUGCUGCUGUCGCCGGCUUGGGUCUAGUCCCCUCGGUGGUCAUCCUGGUGUCCCUGGGUGGUUUGGCUACCUACACCGGCUAUGUGAUCGGUCAGUUCAAAUGGAGGUAUCCGCAGGUCUGCAACAUGGCCGACGCCGGUGAGGUGCUUGCCGGCCGCUUUGGCCGUGAGCUGUUGGGAAUGGGCCAGAUCAUAUUCUUGGUUUUCAUCAUGGCCAGCCAUCUGCUAACCUUUACGAUUGCCAUGAACGACAUCACGGACCAUGGGACGUGCUCCAUCGUCUUUGGAAUUGUGGGCUUGGUCGUCUCUUAUGGGUGCACCCUGCCGCGCACUCUGGCCAAAAUGUCCUGGCUCUCGCUAGUUUCAUUCAUCAGCAUCUUGUCCGCCGUGAUCGUCACUAUGAUUGGUGUGGGCAUCACCCACCCGGGCGAAAUGGUGCAAGCGACUGUCAACACCAACCUAUACCACGGUUUCACUGCUGUGGCCAAUAUUGUCUUUGCAUUUUCCGGACAUGCAGCAUUCUUUGGCCUUGCGGCCGAAUUGAAGAAUCCCGUCGACUUUCCCAAGGCCUUGGUGCUGCUUCAGAGUAUCGACAUAACUCUUUACGUCGUUGCAGCCAUCGUGAUCUACUGCUAUGGAGGUUCAACAGUUACUUCUCCUGCACUGGGUUCUGCCAGUCCAGUCGUAUCCAAGGUCGCCUAUGGCAUUGCCCUUCCAACAAUCAUCAUUGCUGGUGUCAUCAACGGACAUGUGGCCUCCAAGGCAGUCUAUGUUCGCAUUUUCCGCGGCACCGACCACAUGCACAAGCGUAGUAGGGUGGCCGUGGGUUCCUGGGCCGGAAUUUCCCUGGGACUAUGGGUGCUUGCCUGGAUCAUCGCAGAAGCCAUUCCAGUAUUUACCAAUUUGUUGAGCUUGGUUACAGCACUCUUCGCUAGUUGGUUCACGUUCGGUCUCAGCGGGAUCUUCUGGUUGUUCAUGAACCGGGGGCGAUGGUUCUCAUCUCCGGGGAAGAUCGCCCUUACGACGGUGAACGUGUUAGCGAUUGGGAUUGGUGGGUGUCUGUGCGGUCUCGGGCUUUAUGUUUCUGGAAAGGCUAUCCAUGACAACCCCAGCAACGCCAGUUUCUCCUGUGCGAAUAAUGCAUGAUGACGGUUUCUGUUUUGGUUCUGCUAAGUCUUCCCAGCGCGGUUGGGAUAUUCUGGCGCAUGGUGUUUCUUCUUCUGCAUUCUGCAUGCUGCAUGAUAUGAGUGUAACGGCAGCACUGUGAUGUCCUAUACAAAGCAUGAUGGCGUCUUGUAUAUAGAUUUUGUACAUACAUCAUGUGUAUUCACAGCUGAUGACAGCCAGCAUGACAUCAUCGGUCAUACCCAAGUCCAACCCCAAUAAGCUGAGG